UAUCCUAGAACAUUGCUAAGAUUGCUAUAAAAGAGUGACAGUCAGACACAGGAGAGGAAAAGAAGAGGUUGGUGGCAUUCAGUUUGCAGAGACCCACAAAGUGGCAACUGUCCAGAGCCCUGCCAUGGCUUGUUGGGUCUCAGUCCUUUCCCUGGCUUGCAUGGGGAGUCUUCUUCGCUGCAUCCAGGCUUCCCCAUGCCCUCUGCUGCCCGUGCCAAACAAUGUCACCGAGAACCCGUGCUCUUCCCCAUCUGUUGAAGCGAUGCCAGUAUACCCUAAAGAGGCUCAGCGUGCCUCCAUCAAGAUCAAGAACACACCCUCAUUUCUUUUGCCAUUAUUUCUGGCCCAUGGAACAUUCCAGGAACUUGACCUGUCCAAUAAUGAACUGAGAUCUCUUCCCAAAACUCUCUUCCAUGAUCACCCGGAGAUGGACACCUUGGAUCUUACCAACAACCUUCUUGAAGAUCUACCUCCAGAGAUCUUUAAAAACUCCAAUGCCUUGAGAAAACUGGUUCUCCACCGCAACCGGUUGGCCACUCUACAGCCAUCUUGGUUUGACUCCUUGCAGCGGCUUGACGCACUUGACCUCUCCAACAACCUGUUAAAAGAUGUGCCCCCUUCUUGCUUCAGCAAGCUGGAGAACCUGACCUACUUGGACCUCUCCUUCAACUUCCUCCACACCUUGACCCCACAAAUGCUACAAGGACUUCCCCGUCUAGAGAAGCUGAAGCUCAAAGGUAACCAGCUCUUGUCCGUCACGAAUGGGACCUUCCAAGGUGCUCCAAACCUGAAGUUUCUCUUCCUCCAAAACAACACCUUGACCAGUCUUCCAGCUGAACUCUUCAAGCCACUGAACCAUCUGGAAAUGUUGGACGUCUCCAACAACAAGCUCAACUCACUUGAACCUCACUUUUCAAGCCAGGCUACAAAACUUAGUCUUGAUCUAUCAAGCAACCCCUGGACAUGUGACAAAAACAUGAGCGCUCUGGUGACCUGGGUGAAGCAAUCCGUAGUUUUUCUAUGUGCUGAGCCACAAACAACCUGUGACAGCCCGAAGAACCUUGAAGGUCAAGUGGUCACCUCUCUCCUCCCCAGCACAUUUGACUCCUGCUAAAUCUUAAAGAUAGAUUGAUCCCUCCUCCACAACUAGAACAGCAGUGUGAAAUUUUGCAAGUCCCCAACUUUCGAAAGUGGUGUUUGAUUUGAACAAGCUACAAGCAGAUUCAUCUUAAUAGUUAGGUGAGGUCAAAAUUUUACUCCCCCCACACUUUAUACAUUUUAGCAGCGAUUUGCUUAAGGAUCUUUGGGUCGAACGGCAUUUUAAAUCCUUUUGAAGCAAAAGGAUUUGUCCUUUUGAGAUGCAUGCAUGAAGCUUAGACCCAUUUCACUGAUUACGCAAUAGUCAGCCAAAGCGUGUGUGGGAAAGUGCAAAUAAACAGAAGUUUAUUCCAGUGAAAUUA